CCCGUUCUCCAACAAAUGCCCACCGCCUCUGGUUGCCAACAACACACCUGGACGUUAGGUUGGCAUUCAUUUGUUGUUGUCGUCGAUACUUUUUAUUGCUGAUCGCACGCCAAACCACACCUAAACAACAUUAUCGUGCAUAUUAUUCUAUAUACAACGUACGCCCUGCCAGUGAAUCACGAAACCCUGCUUGCAUCUUGGCUCUGCCUUGAUCUGCAUCCGCGACUCGGCCUUUGUUCAGAGCUAUCUCCCUUUAUCGAAGUCUAAACAUCCCUUUAUUAUCCUCGUCUCCUCUCUUUGUUUGAGGUCCCGUUGUCCCCCCCUCUCGCCGCUAUUUUGUGGCUCAUUGCAACAAACUUGCGGCCCGCAUCUUCUGCGACCCCCCUCACCCCCCCUGAAGGUUCGCUUCAGAGCAGCCAACGAUCGAGCCCGACUUUUUUCUUUCUCUCGGGACGACAGCACCGCGGCCGAUGAUAACGUUUGUUGCGUGACACACAGCCUGCGUUCAACAUGUCGUCCGCAAAUAGUAUCAAGGUCGUGGCCAGGUUUCGACCUCAGAACAAGGUCGAGCUUGAGUCGGGCGGAAAGCCCAUCGUAUCUUUCGAUGGCGAGGAGACCUGUACCAUCGCCUCCAAGGAGGCGCAGGGUAGCUUCACCUUUGACCGAGUCUUUGAUAUGGGAUGUAAACAACAAGACAUUUUCGACUUCUCGAUCCGAUCUACCGUCGACGAUAUUCUCAAUGGAUACAACGGAACCGUCUUCGCUUACGGCCAGACCGGUGCCGGUAAGUCUUAUACCAUGAUGGGCACCAACAUCGACGACGAUGAGGGUCGAGGUAUUAUUCCCCGUAUCGUCGAGCAGAUCUUUGCCAGCAUCAUGUCCAGUCCCGGCACGAUCGAGUACACCGUCCGCGUCAGUUAUAUGGAAAUCUACAUGGAGAGGAUUCGAGAUCUGCUUGCACCGCAGAACGACAACCUGCCCGUCCACGAAGAGAAGAACCGAGGUGUGUAUGUUAAAGGUCUUUUGGAAAUCUACGUCUCGAGUGUCCAAGAAGUGUACGAGGUCAUGAGGAGAGGUGGAAAUGCUCGAGCUGUCGCCGCCACGAACAUGAACCAGGAGUCCUCACGAUCCCACUCCAUCUUUGUCAUCACCAUCACACAGAAGAAUGUCGAAACCGGCUCAGCAAAAAGCGGACAGCUGUUCCUUGUCGAUUUGGCAGGUAGUGAAAAGGUUGGCAAGACCGGUGCCAGUGGACAGACUCUGGAGGAAGCCAAAAAGAUCAACAAGAGUUUGAGUGCCCUGGGAAUGGUCAUCAACGCCUUGACCGAUGGCAAAUCCUCACAUAUUCCUUACCGAGACUCCAAGUUGACCCGUAUCUUGCAAGAAUCUCUCGGUGGUAACAGUCGGACGACCCUUAUCAUCAACUGUUCGCCCAGUAGUUACAACGAUGCCGAAACAUUGGGUACACUAAGAUUCGGUAUGCGAGCCAAGUCGAUCAAGAACAAGGCCAAGGUCAACGCCGAGCUGAGUCCUGCCGAACUCAAAUCCCUUCUCAAGAAAGCACAAGGACAGGUUACGAACUUCGAGAGCUACAUCUCCUCCCUCGAGGGCGAAAUUCAGAUGUGGCGUGCUGGUGAAGCUGUCCCCAAGGAGAGAUGGGCCACACCUUUGACUACCGAUGCCGUUGCUAGAACCAAGGCUGAUGCCAGGACAUCGACACGACCAUCCACUCCUUCAUUAAUAUCAGACAGCCGCUCAGAAACACCUGCGAUAUCCGAACGAGCUGGCACUCCCAGCCUACCGCUUGACAAGGACGAGAGGGAGGAGUUCCUACGACGAGAGAACGAACUGCAGGACCAGAUCUCGGAGAAGGAGUCUCAAGCUGCGUCGGCUGAGAAGCAGCUGCGGGAGACCAAGGAGGAGCUGGCCUACCUCAAGGAUCACGAUAGCAAAGUCGGCAAGGAGAACGAGAAGCUCACAACCGAGGUUAACGAAUUCAAGAUGCAACUGGAGAGGCUCACAUUCGAGAGCAAGGAAGCUCAGAUCACAAUGGAUGCUUUGAAGGAGGCUAACUCGGAGCUCACCACCGAGCUCGACGAGGUGAAGCAGCAGCUCCUCGAUGUCAAGAUGAGCGCCAAGGAGAGUGGUGCCGCUCUCGACGAGAAGGAGAAGAGAAAGGCUGAGAAAAUGGCCAAGAUGAUGGCUGGCUUCGACCUGGGUGGUGAUGUGUUUAGCGAGAAUGAGCGCCAUAUCGCCGAGACGAUCGAGAAAGUCGACUCGCUCCAUGACCUCAGUGCAACUGGCGACAACAUCGCACCCGAUGAGUUUAAGGCACUCAAGGCUCGAUUGGUGGAGACCCAGGGCAUUGUUCGACAAGCAGAGCUUUCCAUGUACAGCACUUCCUCAAGCGAGUCCGACUCAAGGAGGAGGCAAGAACUUGAAGCCCGUCUUGAGGCUGUCCAGGCCGAGUACGAAGAGAUUCUUACCCGUAACUUGGGCCCUGAAGAUAUCGAGGAGGUCAAGGCCCGACUCGAGAACGCUUUUGCGAACCGCCAGACUGCUCAGUCGCAGUUUGUCGAAGAGUUGAAGGAGGAUAUUGCCCAGAAGGCUGCUGAGAACACAAGAAUGAAGACCCUUAUCGAGGAUCUUCAACAGCGUGUCAAGGCGGGCGCCACUGCGCCAAUGGCCAACGGCAAGACGAUCCAGCAACAGAUCGCCGAGUUUGACGUCAUGAAGAAGAGUCUCAUGCGUGACCUUCAAAACCGCUGCGAGCGUGUUGUCGAGCUGGAGAUUUCUCUCGACGAGACUCGAGAGCAGUAUAACAACGUUCUCCGAUCGUCCAACAACAGGGCGCAACAGAAGAAGAUGGCCUUCCUUGAGAGGAACCUGGAGCAACUCACCCAGGUUCAGCGCCAGCUGGUCGAGCAGAACUCUGCUCUCAAGAAGGAGGUUGCUAUCGCUGAGCGCAAGCUGAUUGCACGAAAUGAGCGUAUCCAGAGCCUGGAGAGCCUGCUACAGGAUAGUCAGGAGAAGAUGGCCGCUGCGAACCACAAGUUCGAGGUUCAGCUUGCCGCUGUCAAGGAGCGACUCGAGCUGGCCAAGGCCGGCAGCACUCGUGGUCUUAACUCGCCUGGUGGCUUUAGCUUUGCCAACGCCGGCAGCAGGAUCGCCAAGCCUCUUCGAGGAGGCGGCGGUGGCAACGACGCCCCCAGCAUUCCCACGAUCCAGAACCUUCAGGGCCAGAACGAAGGCAACACCAGCAGCGGUAGCAGCAGCAAGCGUGCCAGUUGGUUCUUCACCAAGUCAUAGACAACAUAAUGAGGGAAAAAAGAUAAAUAAAAGAAGAAAAGAGCUCGCUGCUUUUUUUGCUUAUGGGCACGGCGUUGCGAGCAAGAUCUGUUAGACACAAACAUUCCUCCUUUUCAUACCCCCCCUUUUUCCAUUCAACGAUGCCCCGUUCGACAAAGCUUUCUAAAAGGUUUCUCUCUUCUCUUCUGCUUUCUACUUUGUCCCCCCGAUUUCUGUUUUUGUCUCUUUUUUUCUGCUUCUACUAUAAGAAGGCGAUAGAGGAUGGGGCGGCUACGAUGAUUUGGAUUUAUGACAGGCAUCGCGAUGGGACCACGGUAGGACGGAUGGAUUGUUAUAUGGCUGGCGCUUUGGGCGCGAAGGAAGAGAUGAGAUGAGUCGAAGGAGAGAGAGAGGAUAGGAGAUGAGACAAAUAUUAGCAGCAGUGGAGGAAGCUUACAUGAGUCUUGUCACGACCACAUAGCUAAAGGCACGAAGUAUAAGAGAGUCAAUGAAUUGAUUGAAUUUCUAACAAACAUUUUAUUUUAUUUCUUGC